AUGAACUUGGUGGGCAUGUGUAGCGGGUCGGGCAAAGAAGUCCACCAGCGUGAUGACCAACAAUCGUACGGCGAGGACCCGUUGGUCGGAGCAGUGGGAGCGGUGUGUGAGGUCUCCGGUCUAACCCGUCUUCUUCCUCGUCCCGUCCAGACUCUGCUCUCUUUCUUGCUGCCGGGCCACGGCCGUCUGCGCUCUCGUAUCGACGAGGUUCUGGACCUGCCUCUGAUCCAGCAGCAGGCCGAGAACGGGGCCCUGGACAUCGGCCGGCUGUCCCAGUUCAUCGUGGGCAUGAUGGGCUCGCUGUGCGCCCCCUGCAGGGACGAGGACAUCAGCAGGCUGAAGGAGAUCACCGACAUCGUGCCUCUGCUCAAGGCCAUAUUCUCAGUGCUGGACCUGAUGAAGGUGGACAUGGCGAACUUCGCCCUGAGCAGCAUCAGGCCUCAUCUGAUGCAGCAGUCCGUCGAGUACGAGAGGAACAAGUUCCAGGAGUUUCUGGAGAAGCAGCCCAAUGCCUUAGACUACACUGAGAAGUGGCUGGAGGAAACGGUGAAAUGCCUGAAAGAGUCGGAGGCGGCUGGAUGCAGCGCCGCUUCGUCCGACUCUCACCUUCCUCUCAACGUCCACAAUCAGGCUUAUCUCCGCCUGCUGCGGUGGGAUCACGCCUCAGACCCCUUCCCAGAGACGGUGCUGAUGGAUCAGGUCCGGUUCCAGGAGAUGCAGCAGGAGGCCGACCAGCUGGUUCUUCUGUCCUCGGUGCUGCUCAUCGUCUACACCACGACAGGAGAGGCCAUCUCGGGCCUGCCGGGCCUGAUGGAGACCCUGAAGAACACCGUCAGCGUCAUGAUCGCAGACAUGCACGCGCCGUCUUUUAGUCUGCAGGAAGCUUUGGCGACGCUCGGAGAGAAGCUGUGUGUCGAACUCAGUCAGAGUCUCAGUCGACACGGAUUCUCUCCGUUCUCCGCCGACAGAAGCAGCGCGUUGAAGGGACAGAUCUCAGCCACCGUCCAGCCAGACAACACGGUCCGCAAGCUGAUGGAGUCUCGGCUUCAGAGCUACCUGCUGGCGUCUCUGGAGUCCAGUCAGCACAAGACGCCUCCUCCUCUGCCUGGAGGUCUGGCUCCGGUCAGCAGGGAGCUGAAGGAGCUGGCCGUUCGCUUCAGCCGCCUCGUCACCUUCAACAAGCUGGUGUUCUCCCCGUUCUACCAGAAGAUCCUGCAGAAGAUGGUGACGUCGGGGGAGAGUCCAGAGACUUAGACGCCGGCGGAGCUGCUCGGUUGGAGAAAAGCACCUCAAACCGAGUCAGUCGUCACCUCGUCGCCGUGUUGUCGAUUUGAUAAGAUGUCAGACCUCAUAGUUGUGAUCUUAGAACCUCCGUCAUCAUAAUGUUCAGUGUUCCCAGACGGACCGGUUCCACACCUGAGCUGGGUUUAGAACCAAUACCCAAACAGUCCUGAUGAUAGUUUCCCUGCAGACUGUAGACAAAAACAACCUCUAACCCGACACAAAGGUAUUUACCAGGCGUCUCAUGUGUUUAAUCCAGACCCGGUUAAGCUCUGCUGUUUGAACAGCUCCAGAGGAGAUCGUUUAUUAUUGAUGAGCUCCGUUUAUCACAGGAGCAGCUUCUGUCCUUAAGGGUCCCGUAUUCUGCCCGUGUUUGGAAAAUUAAUUCAAAAGUCUGUCGGUUGUUGAGCUCAAAGCGCCACGAAAAUUUUAAUUUAUAACCACGACUUUGAGCUUUGGCUGUUUCAGGUGUGUGCUGCUGGCCACGCCCCCUUCAGGAAGGAAACUGUCACUGCAUCUGUAAGAAAAAACGUCGUCAAAAGUGGAAUUUAAUUUAAUAUGACCUCAGUAAAUGAGUUGUUCAGCAUCCUCUGGACAGAUUUCUCCACAAACGAAGUGUCUUUAAGUUGUAGUUCUUAAGUUUUAUUUAUUUGCACAAUUUAAAAAAAGGUUGUUUACGUACAACAGACGCAACAACGAUUACAACGUGGGAGAAAAAGAAGUCUGGAAGAUUUUUUUUUCUUUAGACGUCUCCUUUUUUAACAAAUAA